AUGAAGAAAAGAAUCCAACUGGAGGACCGAAAGGAGGGCCUUGGGGGCCCCCCGGGGGCCCCCAAGGCCGCCGUUCCCGCCUACUUGUUGGACCGCAAGCAGCAGGAGAGAAACAAACUGCUUUCGAACUUAAUUAAGCAAAAAAGAAAGGAAAAGGCGAACAAGUGGAGUCUCCCCAUUCCCAAGGUCCAGGCCCUGCGGGAGGAGGAAAUGUUCAAGGUGCUCAGGUCGGGAAAGAGAAGAAGUAAGCAGCAGCAGCAGCAGCAGCAGCAGCGGCAGCAGCGGCAGCACCAGCAGCAGCAGUAG